UCCGGCAGGCGGACCCUGACGGAUGAAUUGAGGACACCAGUUGAAUGUUGCCACUAUGUGUGGUCAUGUGUCUAAGCCACGCUCCUUCUUAGCACAUGGGAUCUCUCUUCCUGCUACCCACUUGCCGUUGUCCCCCUGUUGCCCUGUUUUCAGCAUGAGAGGAUCUGUCAAACGCUUGACCUCUUUGCCCUCAUACUGGCGCUGCGGCUGUGCGGCGUGAGCCCCCCCCCCUCCGGCAGUAUCUGCACGGCAUGGCCUCUCUGGACCUGCCAUACCGCUGUCCUCGCUGCGGGGAGCACAAGCGCUUCCGAAGCCUGUCGUCCUUACGUGCCCACCUGGAAUACAACCACACAUACGAGACCCUCUACGUCCUCUCCAAGUCCAACAGUGUUUGUGACGCUGCUGCUUUGCUGCCUCUAGUGGCCCAGGGAGCUCUCCUCGCUCCUGUGAACAGCAACGACCCCUUCGAGCCGCUGCGACCCUCGGCUCUAAAGGAGCGCCGCUUCCCUUGUCGGGAGCUUCCUUGUGCGGACGACUUGUGUUUGACCCCGGCUAACUCCAACACUGCAGCCCGGUAUAUACCCAAUGUGGAGUUUCCCCUGGGGGAGAUUUUUAUGAAGAAAGCCAUGACAUCUGCAGACCCUGGUCCCCAUGGAAACCCCAACACAGCUGUAGCGGUGGCAGCUAACGUAGCAGCUAGUGCGGUGGAGGCAGCGUAUGAGGAGGGCUUAGCCAGGCUAAAAGCCCGGGCGUUUGAGCGGCUGGAGCUGGAUGAAAGGCUGGAGAAGCUUUCUGAAGAGGUGGAGCAGAAAAUAGCGGUCCGCGUUGGUCGUCUUCAGUCAGAGCUGGAGAGGAAAAGCUCUGAGCUGGAGCGGGCCAAACUGGAGAGCGACCAUCUGAGCCAGGAGAAGCAGGACCUGGAGGACAAGGCCUCCGAACUCUCCCGGCAGGUGGACGUCUCUGUGGAAAUGCUGGCUAACCUCAAACAGGACCUGGUGAACAAGGAGCAGGAACUCAAUCACAAACAGCAGUAAGUGAUUCAUCUGUU